CGAAAAAAAAAGAGAUUUUUUUAUUUUCCAUUGAAAUUCCCCGCGCUUCUUCUCGAGAUUUCCUCCGAUCUCUUCCUCUUUCUCGGCGAUCGACGCAAUGAUUCUUCUCUAGUGUUCACGAUGUCCGAUGAUCACAAGGCCCUGCUCCGAUCCCCGGCCUCUUCUGGAUCUGAAUUCGAUCUCGAGGCGCAGCCCUCACCGCCGGUGUUGUCGCCGUCGGGGAGAAGGAGUGGAAUCAGUGAACUCUUGAAGAAUCUUGACCGAAAGCUGUCUGGCCGUAGGUUGAGCCAGCGGCAAUCGCCGUUGCCUGCUUUUGAUCAAGCGCAUGAUGAGCUUGGAGAUGGUGCGCCGCCUGAGUGGGCGCUGUUGCUUAUCGGGUGCCUUCUGGGACUUGCUACUGGUCUCUGCGUGGCUGCCUUCAAUCGCGCGGUGUAUAUAAUACAUGAGUGGGCAUGGGCAGGCACACCUAGUGAUGGUGCUGCCUGGUUACGUUUUCAGAGACUGGAGGAUACCUGGCAUAGAAUUUUGUUGAUUCCUGUGACAGGAGGUGUUGUUGUUGGCAUGAUGCAUGGUCUUCUUGAAAUCUUUGAACAAAUAAAACAGUCAAGAUCUUCACAGACACGCAGUGUAGAUUUAUUGGCAGGUAUUUUUCCCACUGUAAAGGCCAUCCAGGCUGCUGUGACUUUGGGAACAGGUUGUUCUCUUGGUCCAGAAGGACCAAGUGUUGAUAUUGGCAAAUCUUGUGCAUAUGGAUGUUCUGAAAUGAUGGAGAACAAUCGAGAGAGGAGGAUUGCACUUGUUGCAGCUGGUGCAGCUGCUGGGAUUGCUUCAGGUUUUCACGCAGCAGUUGCUGGAUGCUUUUUUGCAAUUGAAACUGUUCUAAGGCCACUUAAAGCUGAAAAUUCACCUCCUUUCACGACUGCUAUGAUAAUCUUGGCCUCUGUCAUAUCAUCAACUGUGUCAAAUGUUCUACUUGGAGAGAAGUCAGCAUUUACAGUGCCGACGUAUGAACUUAAAUCUGCUGCUGAACUACCUCUGUACCUUAUUCUUGGCAUGUUGUGCGGGGCAGUCAGCGUGGUUUUUACUUGUUUAGUGACUUGGUUCACAAAGUUGUUUGAUUAUAUCAAGGAAAGAUUCAGUCUUCCUGCUGUUGUAUGCCCAGCAUUAGGUGGUUUGGGAGCAGGCAUGAUAGCCCUCAAGUACCCUGGGAUAUUAUAUUGGGGUUUCACGAAUGUUGAUGAGAUCCUACACACAGGCAAAACUGCUUCUGCCCCUGGAGUCUGGCUGUUAACUCAGCUAGUUGCAGCAAAACUAGUAGCAACUGCACUUUGCAAGGGUUCAGGGCUUGUAGGUGGUCUUUAUGCUCCAAGUUUAAUGUUUGGUGCUGCUGUUGGAGCUGUUUUUGGUGGUGUAGCUUCAGAACUGAUAAAUUCAGCAAUUCCGGGAACUGCUGCUGUGGCACAGCCUCAGGCCUAUGCCCUGGUUGGAAUGGCUGCUACUCUAGCUUCUGUUUGUUCUGUUCCAUUAACUUCAGUACUUCUAGUGUUUGAGCUAACAAAGGAUUAUAGAAUCUUGCUUCCACUUAUGGGUGCAGUUGGUUUGGCGAUAUGGGUGCCUUCUGUGGCAAAUCGGUUUAAAAAGAGUGAGGCAUUGGAGAGAAGGGUCUCUGUUCAUGGUUAUUCUUCUCUCGUAUCUGAUGAAGACAAAAAUGAGGCUACUGGGAAACAGUCUGAUGGGAAUGAUGAUAUGGAACUUUCUAAUUUAGGAAAUCAGAACAGCUAUCAAGGAAUUAUAAACGAGGAAAAUGUUCUGGAGCACCUGAAGGUCUCUCAAGCCAUGUCAAAGAACUUCAUUGCAGUUCUUCCAACAUCUACAUUGAGUUAUGCCAUUGAAAUGAUGCAAAAUAACCAGCAAAAUUGUGUUCUUGUGGUUGAUAAAGAAAAUCUUCUUGAGGGAAUUCUUACUCUUGGUGAUAUCAGAAGGAGAGGAUUUGGGGUGCAUGGAGAGAUGCCUUCUACUCCAAAGGAGGAUUCAGCCAUCAAAGAUGUUAAUACAUGCCUUGUUUCCUCAUGUUGUAUUCGGGGCUUUCAAUAUCAAGGGAGGGAACGUGGACUCUUGACUUGUUCCCCUGACACAGAUUUGGCUACUGCAAAAGAGCUUAUGGAAGCCAAAGGUAUUAAGCAAUUGCCUGUAGUCAAGCGUGGUGGUCAUAUCAGAAAUGAUCAGAAACACUCAGUCAUGGGACUUAUGCAUUAUGAAUCGAUUAGCCGCUGUCUUCGAGAAGUAGUUGAGCAUCAGAAAUCCCUCUACCAUGACAGAAAAGAAGAGUUUCAGGACGUUGCAGGCGGUCAUUGAAAAUCUGCCCACGGUAUCUUAGGUUCUGAAGGAUGGCUAAUUUCUUUUGCAUGACUACUCUUGUCGAUGGAAUCAUUUAUAUACUAUUAUAACUAGAAAGCUGCCAUAGAACACUAGUCUUAACAAUAGUUAUGUUUAUAGGACUUAGUAAAGAAAAGCAAGGGAUGAAAUCCCAUUGAUAUGUAUUACAAUUAAGAUUAGGAUUGUUAAAUGGUUUUGGAGUAAUUAUACAUCACCUUCAUUCUGUCA